GCAAAGUCUUGGCUGACAGCUGUGGCCGCGAUGCUAUGCAGCAAGCGCCGCAAGUGUCCAUACAUCUCCAGGCUUUGCUACAGUUGCUGCUGGUGCAAAGCGCAGCCUUUCCACGGAGAGACUUUCAAGCUGCAUUUCAACGGUUGCAAGCUGCUUGCCUUUGCUGGAGUGGGGUUGAGGACAGCCCCAGCAACUCAAAGUCAAAGAGUUCGGUCCUGGGCAGCGAAUUGGCAGCGCAGAGUUGUGAAAGCUUGGUGCGUGCCUUGCGUCUCCUGAACGAUUCCGAUCUAGUUUGGGAAUCGAAGACCAUUUGCGUGGCCAAGUGUUUUUUGGCGCUGGCAUGUGCUCUUCGCGCUUUCAAAACUGCAAGAGACGUCUUGGUUCCUGGCCAGUUGGUGACGAUUUGUGGGCUGCAGAGUUCUGCCGGCUCUGCUCUUAAUGGUCUUCGAGGAGAAGUCCGACAAUUUCACGCAGAGAGCGGCCGCUUCAUGGUUUCAUUGGAACGUGGAGAUCCUCCAGCCGAAUGGAAGAAGUUAAGGCCGCAGAACCUUCAACCAGACAUCGACCAAAGCUCCUGCGCGUCCUUGGCCUUCAAGGGCGCCAAGGAAUGUGGGAGAGCAUGUUUGGAAGCCGUGGCAGAGAUCUUUGAUGAUCUCUUAGUGCAGCUGCAUGAAGAAGAUGGGGACGAGCUCCGUGUGAGACUUCUCCAUGCUCAACUCGCCUCGGCCAUGUGGGAAGCGCUGCUCUCGUGCACAGAUGACUUGCAGAUGGAAGCUUCUGCUUUGUUGGAUUUGUGUUCUGAUGACUGCACGCUUUGUUCGAUGUUGGCUCGCCAUCUUUUUUCGGUUCAUCUCACGGUGCGCCCUGAAGAGCUGGACCCAUAUCGCAUCAAGAGACUGUUGACCUUGCAGGAGAGCUUUGCCAAGGCGUAUUGUCGGCUGUACCAGCCAGGAGCCCCGAACGUAGCGUGGCCUAGUGCUUUGUGGGGUCCGACUUCUGAGACGGCCGGAGACAUCCGAGAUUUGCAGGCGAAUCUCCAAGCUCACAUUCUGAAAUUGGCCAAUGCUGCUGUUCAGAUGGGAGUUCUUCAGCAACUCAUCGACAGUUGUGAUUUUCACAUCGACAGGGCCAUUGCUGGAAUUGGUCCAGGCAUCUAUCCCGUCCCACUGGUGCUGCCGGUCCUUUUGUCCAGACUUGUGUGCACUUUGGCCAUGAAUGGGGACUCCUUUGUGCGACGCCAUGUGUUGAUGCUGGUUCCGGCAUUCCUUUCAGUUGCAGAGAGCUUUGCCGAACUGGUAAUAGCUCGCUUGGAAGCGGAGGCAGCCAAUUCGUCGGAGCUUUUGAAGGCUUCCCAAGCUGUGUUGGAUGCCACAUUGGCAGCAAUAGGACUUGGUUUGCAAGAUGAGUCCAGAGCCCGAGUCGAGGCGCUUGCUGGCCAAUUUCUGCGAAGUGCCGCGAGAAGCGAUGCAGCCUUGCUGUCUCGCUUGGCUUUAACUCUCCUUGGUGCCUCGCAGUCAGCAGAAUGGAUCGGUCAAAGCUUUGGCCAGCUCUCAACGCUGCAGCAGGGAAUCUUUUGGCAACAAACACGAGCGCGGAGCCAUCUACUGCUUUGCUCUUUCGAAGACGUGCAGAUUGCCCUGAAGGAGUGGUGCGGAGAGCCUUCACCCUUGCCUCCCUUUGAGCAACCCUUGGAAGUGCCAGACGCAGCAGACACUGAAGGCAACGAAGCAGGCGACUGCGGCUGCGAAGCCUUGGAGCUUCCGCAGGACGCCUUGCCACCUCUCGAAGCUCUGCCGGUGAUGGCGGCAGCGCAGCGGAAAGCUCUUAAGCCCUUGGGACGCAAUGACAUCGAGCGCUUGCGCGGUGUGGAUCCUGCAGAUGCUCCGGAGGACCUCCGGUGUGCCAUAGAUGGCAAGUUGCUGGGGGUUCCGAUGUUGUCGCCCUAUGGACAUGUCUUUGAACAAGACACGCUGAAACAAUGGCUUGCGACUUGCGGUAGUGUAUGCCCAAUCACUGGAAGAGCUCUGCGAGAAGAGGAUUGCCAGGUGGAUGGGGCAACGCAAGCCAAGGUUCGAGACUGGGUCAAAGCAGCCCGAAUGUCCUACAAACUCAAAAAGCAGGAGAAACGUCGCCUACGAGCAGAGAGCCAGAAUGAUGAACCCACAGAGCCGGAUUAAAGACGAAUCCAGCGUUGCACUUCAUGCUUGGCUCGUGAACCUGCAAAGCAGGUCAACGUCAGCGUGUCGGC